AUGACUCGAAGAUAUCAAGGGCCUGUGGCCUUUCUUCUCUUCUGCAUAGUUGCCUCAGCGGGGAAAACCUGCUACCGCCCGAACAAAGUCCCUGAGCCGGACCAUGUGCCCUGUAACCAGUCCGCCGAUUAUUCGCACUGCUACGUAAAUUGGAGAUCGUCUUCAUGCUUUCAGGAAUGUAAAGGCGCCAAAAACCCCAUUCCGAUCACUCCGACAGGUGGCUUCGUCUCCGUCGAUGCAGGUGUUAGGUUAUUCUGCUGCGAUGUCAACACCUUUGACAAAGACAGCGGAAAUUAUCGGAGGACAGGAAGUAUUGAGGUCUUUAAUUCGACACACACCAAUGCUACCACACCAGUCAUCGUCUCUAACGCCAGCAUCGCGCCCACGCAAACCGUCACCGUCACCGCUCCGGUCUCAUCAGAAGCCGAAUCCCUGGCUACAGCCAAAGAGACAGCAAUUGGAGUCGGCGUAGGCGCACCUCUCGCACUAGCGUUAGUUGGCGUUUCAUUUCUGCUGUGGAGGGAGAAGAGGAAAAGGAGGGAGACAGAGGAACGGAACCUCGAGAUUCAGCGGCUUGUGAAGAGAGAGUUGGUAAGAACUCAGAAAUCGGGCCCGUAUACGCACGCGUAUGGAGAUAUGCGCACGAGGACGUCUCCGAUUGAUGGUUGGCCCUUAGAGAGUGGUGGCGCGGGAAUCGAGGAGCUGAGUACAACUGGCGGGAGAAGCGAGUUGGGGGUUGUCCUUACGAGGGGAGGAGUUGAAUUGGAGUAG